AUGGAGGACGAUUUAAUCGAUUUGAAUAUCGAUUUAAAUCGCGCAAUAGAAGAAAAAUUGUAUAAUUAUGACGAAAAUUUAGAGAAUCAUAGAGAAGUAUAUGACGUUGAAGAUGAAGAUGAAGGCACAUCUCAGCAAGUUAUGGUUGCAAAUCAAUGUAUUGAAGAAGGUUCAAUAAUACAUUCAAUUGAUACAAACCACAGCAUCUUUGAAAAUCCAAAUAAUGAGCAGGAAGAAAACAUUGAUAAAGAAUUAGAUGGCAGUUUAAUUGGAGAAGCAAUGAAAACAACCGAUGAGAUUUAUGAUCUAUAUUGCAAACAUGCUGCUAUUAUUGAUUUUAGUGUACGAAAAGGGAAGAAUAGAUAUAAAGAAGGAACCACAAUUGUUAAUGGAAAAUACUUCUACUGCUCUGCUGCUGGAAUAAGAGACCCUCCUAAAAACAAAGAACUCAAAAAUGAAGAUGAUCAAUCAGAUGCAAAGAAGAAAGAAAGGAGAAAGAGGGUUAUGAUAACAAGAGCAAAAUGUGAAGCUCAAAUAUUUGCAAAGAAGAAUGAAAAUGGAGAUUUUGAAAUAGAAAAGCAUGUAGUGGUACAUAAUCACCCAUUGACAAGAGAAAUAAGUAAUUAUCUCCACCGAUCGGAACGACAAAUGACAGAACCUAAAAAAGAAGCUAUUGAGGCAAUGUCAGAAUGUGGUCUAAGACCAAUGGAGUCUUAUAGGUAUAUGUCAACAGAAACUGGCGGAGACGACUGUGUAGGUCAUACGAUGAUUGAUCAUCUAAACUACUGCUACAAGUUAAAAAUGAAGCAAAUUGAUGGCAAGGAUUCACAAACACUAGUGAACAAAUUGUAUGACAUACAAUCAAUAUAUCCCGAGUUCUUUUUCAGAAACCAAUAA